AUGACAGAAGAGACAUGCAGUAGCAGUGCUGAUGAGUUGUUAUUACUACCACCUAAAAGUUCGUCCCGUCCUCUUCGAAUCGGUGUGUUUGGUGGAUCGUUCAAUCCCAUUCAUUUGGGACAUGCGUUGUUGGCCAUUACGACGCAGCAGACCAAGCCGGUCGAUCAAGUGGUACUGGUGCCUGUGUACAAGCAUGCUGUGAAGCGCGACUUGUUGCCAUUUGACGAUCGAGUGCAAAUGUGUCAAUUGGCAGUGGCGCCGUUUUCCAGUGACAAUCGGAUCGUGGUGAGUCGAGUGGAAGAACGGGUGGGAGCUUCGAAUGGGGUCAUGUUGAAGGGUCUCAAGGACGAGUAUCCGACGGGGACCCAAUUCCUGUACAUUUGCGGAGAUGACUUUUUCCGGUGGAUGGAAAAACCAAAGGGAUUGGAAACACUGGAACAAGUCGAUGGACUCAUUGUACAACGGCGACUUCACAAACACGACAAUAACGACCGAUUCUUCAAGGAGCCCUUUGACGAACAACGAGUCCGUGCUGUGGCCGCUCGAUUGAAUUUGACCAUUGAUUUCAUUUAUGGAGAAUUGCCCCACUUUUCAUCGACUCUGGUACGAAGAGCUCCGGGACAUUGGAGAUCCUUUCUACCACAAACAGUAGCCACGUACCUGGAACAACGACCGCAUCUUCUAGAGAUUUUGAUUCACAACCUAGAGGUAGAUUCCGAAAAGGAAAUGCAGCAGUCGCAGUCGACCAAUAACAAUGAAAAACAACACGAAUCUUCACCCAGUCAUUCUUCCACGAGCACCGAUGGUGCUGAAACCAGCAUCCAAAAAAUCAACAAUCAAACCACGACAGCAGCCGAAUGGGUCAUUCGAGGACUCAACAUGGUCCAUGCACUGCAAUUGGAACGUGGGAGAUCCGGACUUUUGUUGUCAUUGGGCACAUCGCAGGCGGCGCAAGACUUAAAUGGCGUCCAAACAAAGACGGAUGAUAUCAUUCAGCAAGUUCUACAAGAUACUACUCUUACUGCGCUAAAAGAUACUGCUGGAUCCUUCCAGGAAGAAGUCAUGGGGUUGGCAUUGGAACUUCAGCAAGUACCCGUUUGGUUGAAACGAGAUCGAUCCGUAUUGAAACAGCGAUGCGGCUCUCUCGUCCAUCGAAAGGGAAUUGAGGGAUGGUUGGCACGAGCUGCAUUGGUCGAAAAAUUCAAUCCCCGCAUUGAUGUCCUACGGUUAAGUCUGCUUCGGGCAUUGACCGAAAUUCGAAACCACAACAACAACAAUAGCGAUCAAGACAAUACUGACGAUCGUGACUUGAUGCCGGAACUACUUUGGAAAUGGAGUCAAGCCAAGGAGGCACUGGGGCGACAACGAGCCUUUGUAUGUGCCGGGGGGCCCAAUGCACCCUUUAUGAUUGUCCAAUCCAUGGAAAUGCGACAGCGACUCAACGAAUGUAUUCAAGAAAAGGAUCGAAGUAUUGCCAGAGUCCUGUCGCUGGUCAAUGAGCAACAACAGCAAUCCACGCCCGAUGCCCUACAUCGGCUCCUGGAAAAUGUCACUUGGUGGGAAUGGAAGUUGAUGCGAUCCUUCGCACCCAGUACUCCACUCUCCUUGGUACACAAGUUAUUGUCCAAAACCAUUAUUCCUACGGACAGCAGCAGCCAUCCACAAGAGCAAUUUCACGUGGAAAAAUUCUUUGAUGCCUCGACCACUGCCAUUGACUUUUUGCUGACGUUCACCAAAGCUUUGGCUGCUUCCGCGUGUGCAGGUUAG